AUGGAAUCAGACGAACGACCGGCAAAGAUUCGCAAGCUCAGCAGCCACCAUGAGCGCGAUACGCUGCCUGCUCAAUCGACCACUUCUGUCGACACUCCCACGGAUACUCUCAUCCAAGACGCUGCUGAAAAUGCCCCUCUGCCACCUACAACAGCAUCCACCACAACCGAGACUGAAGCUCCCAACCCACCCCUCUCCAAGUCCAUGCAAAAGAAACUCCGCAAACAAGCCGAAUGGGACGCCAAAAAAGAAGACCGCAAAAUCUGGCGCAAGGAAAAGAAUCAAGCAAAGAAAGAGCGCAAGCGCGAAGAAAAACGCACAAACCCCGAGGCAUGGAAGGAAAAGCAAAAGCAAUGGGUCAAACCUACAAUGUUACCCAUUACGCUUCUCAUCGACUGCGAUUUCGACAACCUGAUGAGAGACAAUGAACGUAUUUCUCUGGGAGGUCAAUUGACGAGAUGUUAUUCUGAUAAUAAGAAUGCGCCGUUCAGGGCUCAUCUUGCGGUGUGCAGUUUCAAUGGCAAGUUGAGGGAGAGGUUUGAUGGUGUUUUGAAUAAGAGCUAUCAGAAUUGGAAGGGUGUGAGGUUUUUGGACGAGGACUUUGUGGUUGCGAGUGAAAAGGCAAAGGAGUGGAUGGCUGAUGACAAAAGAGGUGGGAAACUUGCUGGUGUGUUUGAGAAGUAUGCUCCUGCCACCCUUCACGCCCAAGCCGAAACAAUCUACCUCUCCGCCGACAGCGACUACACCCUCACAGAACUAAAACCCUUCAGCACCUACAUAAUCGGCGGCCUCGUCGACAAAAACCGCGAAAAGGGUAUUUGCGCCGCACGCGCCGCUGCCGCAGGAGUAAAAACCGCUCGCUUGCCAAUUGGCGAUUACUUGGCCAUGGCAAGCAGAAAAGUACUUACGACUAAUCAUGUGCAUGAGAUUAUGCUCAAGUGGUUGGAAUGUGGGGAUUGGGGUGAGGCGUUCAUGAAGGUGAUUCCGAAGAGGAAGGGAGGACAGCUUAAGGGGUAUGCGGGUGAGGGUGGAGAGGAUGUGGAUGGGGAGGGUGAUGCUGAUGAGGAGAAUGAUCAUGUUGAAGAGAUUGAGGAGAGAGAGGAGGAAGAGGCUGAGGAAGAGAAUGAGGCCGUUGAGCAAACUGCUGGAGCUGAAAAGAUCGAGUAG